AUGCUGUUCCGCAAGAGCAAGAAGAGCAAAGCCCAGCAAGAGUCGGUCCUGCCGCCGUCGAGCAGCCAGGAGAGCAUGGCGACAGAGGCCAAGAGCAUCGACGAUGGUCUGUCUUCGGGCUCGCGACCCAUCGCGAUCGACUGCUUGCCGAUCACAAAGGCAGCUCAGCGUGCCUUGCUUCAGCCACCGCACGGCUUCGUAUCGCGACGCAUCGACGCAGACGCAUGGACGCCGCCCAACCUGUGGAGUCUCUCCAAGCGAGGCAAGCGCAGCAAGCGCAUCGACUAUCUUUUCGUCUUGAUCGGAAUCGCAGUCGGUGUUCUCGCAUCUGGCGCCGUCAUUGGCCUAGGCAUUUUUGGUUUUAUGAGCGGUCAGCACAACUACUGUCUCGCUCUGGACGAGCAGUUCGACGGACCUCUCAACACAAACCUUUGGACUCGCGAAGUCCAAGUGGGUGGGUUCGGCAACAAGGAAUUCGAGUGGACCACCGCAAGCUCAAACAACUCGUACACCAAGGAUGGCUUGCUGUACAUCACUCCGACGCUCACUGCCGACUUGAUCGGUGAAGACGCCGUGACCAACGGCUACACAGUCAACCUCACCCAGUCGGGUGAGUGCACAGCCUCGCACGUGCCCUGGAUGGACCGCACCAACAACAACGACAUUCGCAUGGCCUCAAUCCGUAACGCAGAUGUCAACUGCCAGAUCAGCAGCAACCAGACACUGGGCACGGUCAUCCCUCCAGUGCAGAGCGCACGCCUGACGACCAACUCCAGCUUCUCCAUGCGCUACGGACGAGUUGAAGUGCGCGCCCGCAUGCCGACGGGCGACUGGCUGUGGCCUGCUGUAUGGAUGAUGCCGCGUGAUAGCGUCUACGGCGAGUGGCCAAAGAGCGGAGAAAUCGACCUUUUCGAAGGCAAGGGCAACGUAGCCACAUCUCGUGACCAACAGCUCAGUAACACAAUGCGAAGUUCGCUGCAUUGGGGCAACGACGCUGGUUCAGAUCAGUACAUGAAGACCUCCACCGUCUCGACUCUUUGGCGCAAGCUUUGGAACGACGACUUCCACACCUUUGGUCUCGAAUGGGACGAGCACGGCAUAUGGACCUGGCGCGAUACCCGAGCACGACGCGUGCUCAACGUCCGUUUCAAUGAGCCUUUCAUCAACAAGAUGCCCUUGGCGCAGUUGAAUGCUGCCGGUAUCAUGGUGCCGCCACCAAAUCCUUGGAGCAAGAGCAACAACACGGGCGCGCCGUUCGACCAAGAGUUCUACCUCAUCCUCAACCUUGCCGUCGGUGGUACCAACGGCUACUUUGCCGAUAGGGGCCAGCCUUGGAGCAACGACGACCCGCGCGCCGCUGGAGUCUUCUGGAACCAGCGUGCUAGUUGGCUUCCGAGCUGGGGCUCGGUCGAGAAGCGAUCCAUGGUAAUCGACUAUGUCAAAGCGUGGAAGCGGUGCUAA